CUCGCUGUGCGCACAUUCAAGCCACUCCAGACCCCUAAGAUCCCCUUGUAUGUCGCCUGAAAGAGUGACUGAGUCAACUGAGUCAGAGAGUGAGUGGAAGAGAAGGUAGCUGAACAAGUUGCCUCAUUGCCCGAAAGAACGAAGCAAAGAACGCGAGGAAGAGGGUCACCGCAUACAAAAUAACAACGACAUCCUCGACAACGAGGAGGAGGAGGACGGCGACAACGAAGCCCGAAGAAGACAACUCCAGAGAAUAAGGAACAACAUCAAGGGAGACCGUCAGUACGUUGGACCUGGCUGCGGUUGCGAGAGCUUUUGCGUUCACGGCUUGUGAAGCAACGGAGAGAGGCUUGCUUGGAUCGAGACCGAGAAGAACAAGCUCAAGAAGGCAAGAGAGACAAGAGAGACAAGAGAGACUCCUCAGUGAGGGAGACGGACGGACGGACGGACGGACGGAGAGGGAGAAAGAGAGAAAGAGAGAAAGAGAGAAAAAGAGAGAGGAGAAAAGAGAGAUUGCCAAGCCCGACGUCGUCGUCGACUGGAUGGAUCUUCAACACUCGGAUUCAACUCACCGUUAGUUUCAUUCACGUGUCAGCGAAGUAAGAGGUGAAAUCUCGGUGUUGGUAGUUGUUUGCCGAUUCGACAACAACUACUCCAUCCCGGGAUUUUCUUGCACUUCCAUGACUUGAGUGAUUCAGGGCUUGUUUCUCCAGAGCAAAAGUGUUGAUCACUUUUGUUCGCUACCUUGUAACUUUUGCCUCUCCGUGUUCCCUUUUCUCGUGAAACUCAUUCAUCCCCGUGUGUGCAUUGACGGUCAAGAGAGGCUGGAAUUAUCAGUGAUUAUUAUUCUCUCAGGACCGUGUGUGGGAUUCCUAUAUUCCUUGUGUCAUACUUAAGUCGAGUGCCCAUUGUUCCACUUCGCAACUGGAUCAGGCCGCUACCGUCAAUCAGUAUCCAAGGAGAUCUGUCCAAGUUCAAUCGGGUCGAUUGACAUUCCCACCAAAUACUAGUAGAUUCGUUCCCGACCGACACUUUCGCCCCUUGACCGACAGUCGACAUUCUCGCCUAAUUGAUCUAUUGGCUGGCUGCCUGGAUUCGCAAAAAAAAAAAAAUCUUAACUGUGCCUUCAGCUCCGCUUUGUGCUACUUAUCAACCCUAGAUUGUUCACUGAGACGAAAAAGUGAAACUCUCUUCACACGUUGAGCAAGCUGAAGCUUUGUUCUGGCGAACACUCUAGCAUGACGGACAAAGAAACCAAUUCGGAACAGACCAAACCAGCCACGGCUACGUCCACCACGAAAAUGUCUCAACCCGUGAGUGGAGCAGCUUCGUCGCCUCCCAAUUCAUCGACCACCACGCCCCCCAGUUAUCCCUUGCCCAAUCUGGGCGUACUGACCAAUCCGGACUUGAUUGCCGUCACCAUUGCCCCGUUCACGGGUGGUCCUUUCACCAUGGCCGUCAACCGAAAUGACACCAUUGAAGAGCUGAAAAAGACUGUGGCUAAGAAGCUUAAAGUAUUGAAGGAUCGCAUCUGUCUACUCUAUAGAGAAAGGCAACUCUCCGAAGGGACCUUGGCGGAUAAUGCCCUCGUGGAAGGAAGCCGUAUUACUCUCCUGCCCCGUGCCGAAACGGGACUCUUGGCCCAGAAGCCCGAACAGAGUGUCAUGCAGGCAUUGGAAAGUUUAAGCGACAGCCAGGUGGUUGACUUUCUAUCCGGAAAAGCUCCCUUGAAUCUAACCAUGCGACUUGGAGACCACAUGAUGUUGAUCCAGCUCCAACUUUCCACGGUGAACUCACAUCACUCCAGCAAAAGAGCCAAGACAUCCUCAACCGGUUCAACCCCGUCCUCCUCCGGGACGGAAUCUUCGACUCCAGCUUCAGCAUCCACAACAACCUCGUCAGCAUCCUCACCCUCAUCUCCUAGUUCCUCUUUCUCCUCCUCCUCCUCCUCCUCGUCGUCGUCGUCGUCGUCAACGUCUUCGUCAGCAUCUUACUCAUCAGCAUCAAGUGCAGCAUCUGGAGCCUCUAGUCCGCCAGUGAGCUCCUACAAACCAAAGCUGGAUACACGGGCUCUGGCCGAGGCCAGCAAAAAUCUUACUCAGACACUCAAGCAGCUUUCAUCCGAAGUUCUCACGACCCGAGGUUCCUCUUCCACUACCAACACUACGACACCGUCAUCGACGGGAGCAGCAGGCACGGCUACAUCCGAUCACGUGCGCUCCACCUCCAGUGGGUCUGGAUUCAAAUCCAGGAGCAAUGCCUCACAACACGUACCCUCAACCUCUUCAGCCUCUUCCUCGUCUAAUUCAGUAUUGAACUCUUCACACAGAAGCCAGAAUAAACCGUCGGAACCAGUGACCUCCUCAUCCUCUUCAGCUACUUCAUCUUCAUCUGUCAACAAAUCAUCCGAGGAUGAAGGCCAAACCAGCAGUAGCCACAAGAACCAUCGGAAACGACCAAGACAUAGUAGCGGAGGUGCUAUCAUUGAAAGCAUGCAUCACCAUGGAAAAGGCGUGUACUCUGGCACAUUUUCAGGCACUCUCAACCCGGCCUUGCAGGAUCGCAAUGGCCAGCCCAAACGCGAUAUCACCACCAUUAUCCACAUCCUGAAUGACCUCCUGUGUGCCCAAUACAAAAACUAUCAGACGUCAUCAAGUGGAACACGGAGCAAAGGAGCUAAUGGAACAUCCAAAAAUGGUCAAAACAACACCAGCAAAACAAACCCUUCCUCUCAAGGUUGUGGAUCAGCUCCCUCUGGCGCCGAGAUGUUCCAGCAAACUAUUCAGGAACAACUCCAGGUGACCAAAGGCAAAAUGGAAGCCCUUCGAAAGGUCAUGGAAGAACGCAAGGCUCGACGACGCGCUCGGCGAGAGGCUCGGGCAGCCCCUUAUUCAACCUCGUGGUCGGUCAAGUCCGAACAGACGGGUGAUUCCAACCCGGCCAGCCCUUCAGAUGAGGCCCAGGAGGCCUCUUCCUCCUCCUCCUCGCCCCAGAGUGGCGCCAACACUAAUCCGGGUGGUCCGGCCCCACCCAGUGAUAACUUGUUCAACACCAAGCCCGAACCUGUUACCGCUUGAAUUGAGGAACUUAGUGCAAAAUUUUGAUACCACCGAAGACAGCUACCUACCAUGAUAAGAAAACAGACGAUUAUUGCUAUUUAGUAAUGUAGAUACCAACUGGUUGGAAGAUUGCAUUACCUCGUGCCAAACAAUCCACACGAACUACUAUUACUAUUGCCCUCUGUAUUGUGGUCCCCCUCUGUUCGUUGUACCCAGUUAGCCAACCCACCCUCCUCGUGGUCCAAGAUCUUGUCCAAUCUUGGAUGGACAAAGUGGUCCGUAUCCUUUGUCCCUCCCCAGAACAGUCCGACAAACUCAUUGAACAGAACUCCAGGGUAAAGGCAUACGAACGAAGUGUAUGAAAGAAAAGUCUGGACGAGCCAGCAACACCACAAUUAAUAAUAUAUCAGCCCUUGUCAAACGAAUGUCAAGAACAGCUCCUUGAGUGUCAUGCUUAAGAAGCACCUCGUAAAACUUUGUUGGACAAAUUCACGAAUACCCCCCAUCUCCUCUUCACCUACUCGAAAACUGGCUCCAUUGUGAAGUUUUCACAAAAAGAACUGUUAAUGUUUAUAGAAAAUGGCCAGUGCUGUGAUUUCUCUUGAUUUGAUCAUGCGGUACUUGUGGAAGAACGAACAUUUGAUGACUUCUUGUGUCUGUAGCUUUUAAAAUCGUGCGACGCCCCACGUGCGUUUGUUCCAAUAUGUGUCGGGACAAGGCAAGCAAGCAAGCAAGCAUGCGAGCUAGCGAGCGAGAGAGCGAGCAAGCAAGCAAGCAAGCAAACUUACAUGUCUUGAGGAUUUCUGUUGCAACUAUUGCUAUCUUGUAACUCAUUAAUAAAUGACAAGUGAUAGAGAUAAA